AUGCCUACUCGUCUCUCUAAAACCCGCAAGUCGCGCGGCCACGUUUCUGCCGGUCACGGUCGUAUUGGCAAGCACCGCAAGAACCCAGGUGGUCGUGGUAUGGCUGGUGGUCAGCACCAUCACCGUACUAACUUGGACAAGUACCAUCCUGGUUACUUUGGUAAACUCGGUUUCCGUCACUUCCACCUCCUCCGCAACCGUCAGUGGCGCCCUGUUCUGAACGUGGACAAGCUCUGGACUCUUGUCCCCGCUGAGGACCGCGAGAAGUAUCUUUCUUCUCCCAACCCCCAGGCUGCCCCCAUCAUCGAUACUCUGGCUGCUGGCUACGGCAAGGUCUUGGGCAAGGGCCGCAUCCCCGAUGUCCCCGUCAUUGUCCGUGCUCGCUUCGUUUCUGAGCUUGCUGAGAAGAAGAUCAAGGCUGCCGGUGGUGCCGUCGAGCUCAUCGCCUAA